GACCGCAACAUCACCUGAAUAGCCGCUACGUGGUUUGUCUUGUUUGCUGUUGUAUGUAUUUACAUCUCACUUAAAUGGCGAAGCUUCCGCCAAAACAUGUUGCCAUUUGGGUGAUAACCUCAUAUUAUUCGAAUUGAUAACCUCAAGCUAGAGGCAAAGUCAGGGUCGGAUGGUGAAGCUAUCAGUCGCCGCCGAGCGCUCCUCUGCAGCACAUCCGAGCUUCGCAUUCAAUGUUAUAAAUAAACAAAAUGGACGCGUCGAUAAUUAAGUAUAUUACAGUUUGGAUGGUUGUUUCCUUAUCUGGAAUAUACGCACAGCGGUGUCAAGGUGGCGCCGAUUGCAUAGUUCUACAAGAUUGCGUAGGAUUAUACAAUCAACUGCAGCAGGGAGCUAGCAAUCAAUUGACGCAACUCCUGCGCACACUGCAUUGCGGGUUUGAUGCCAAUACGCCGAAGAUAUGCUGCCCGCCGGAAUUCAGCGGAGCCAGUAAUGGAGCCACCAACAGCGUGCCAGAGACGAGCAACCUGGAGUCGCGGGUGCGACAGCCCAGCUCGCUGCUGCCGGGCUACGACACGUGCGGCAUACAGAAUGAUGACAGGAUCGUCGGCGGCACCAGGGCCGACAUCGACGAGCAUCCGUGGAUGGCGCUCCUGAGAUACGACAAACCGAAAGGAUGGGGCUUUUACUGCGGUGGUGUCCUGAUUUCUCAGCGAUACGUGAUGACAGCCGCUCACUGCGUCAAAGGAGACGAUCUACCACCAAACUGGAGGCUAUCACAAGUGCGUCUCGGCGAGUGGAACACCUCAAGCUCUGAAGACUGCGUGGGAGACGACUGCAGCGGCCCUGUGCAGGACAUCCCUAUCGAAAAGGUCAUCGCUCACGAGGGAUACAACCCUUCGGACACCAACCAACAUAACGACAUUGCUCUGCUGAGGCUGUCUCGAAAUGUUCGAUACAACGACUUUGUGAAGCCGAUAUGCCUCCCUACCGACAGCGCCUUGAAAAGAAACUCGUUUGUCGGGUUCGACAUGGAGGUCGCUGGCUGGGGCAAAACAGAGUCUCAAGAACCUGUGAGAUCGAAAGGGAAUCGCAAGGAUUUAGAAGAAUCAGGAUCAGAAUCGGAGGUAAAAUUAAAAGUCCGGGUUCCGGUGGUGAGUAACAACGAAUGUUCAGACGUGUACAGCCGCGUGAGUCGGCGGAUCAGCAACAACCAGCUGUGCGCCGGCGGUGUCUCCGGCGAGGACUCGUGUCGCGGGGACUCCGGCGGCGCCCUCAUGGGGAAAGUGCCUUCCGUCAACAACUGGGUCGCUGUGGGGGUCGUCUCCUACGGCCCGUCCCCGUGCGGGACCCCAGGUUGGCCCGGAGUCUAUACCAGGGUCGGAGCGUACGUUGAUUGGAUCACUAGCAAAGUCAGACCUUAAUUAUUUUUUUACGUAAUUAUUAUGUAGUAUUCUGAUAAAAUAGCAAUGUUGUAUACUUGAAGAGAAUUGUAUCGUACCUAGUCACAAAAUGCCAUUCUGUGCCAUUAAUAAAUCAAAUAGAAUUUAAUUCUGCUAAUUACUUAGGUAAAUGUACAAUAUGUUUUUGUCACUCAAGGCAACAUCGUAUAAAUGUGUAAUACUGUGAUUUGAAUUUUCAACUUUUCUAAGCGUUUUACAAACCAAACGUCAUUUUGGGAAUCGUUAAAAUAAAGAAAUAAAAUUAUCAA